GAAAGCACCAUACAAGUAUACGCCAUUUACCAUUUUACUAAUAUACAUACAUAUAUAUGUGUGUGUGUGUAUGCAUAUAUACAUAUAUAUGUUGUGUUUUUUUUUUCAGAAAAUUAGUCCUUAAUCACUUGCAGUUCAUGAAUAAAACUGUCAUUUUUUUUUUUUUAACCAAACAAGGUGCCUCUUUUUACUUCUUGUAGCCUUCAACUUACGUUCUGGUGGUUCUGUCUGUUGACACAUUAAGUUACAUGUAGGUGUAAGGAAGUUUUCUUUCUGGGGUUUCCACUGAAGAAAAAAACGUCUUUAAAGCAAAACUAUUUUACAAAGUCAAGCAUAGAAGUAAAAAAAAAAAAAAAAAAUCAGCAAGUGACUUCAAAGAAUUUCUUUUGUGUCUGACUUCACAGUGAGAACCUAAAGCCUCCUCCCCUACUCGUCAUCAUUGUGGCUUUACUGAGACUUAUAUAAACUGAGGGACUUGAAACUCUGGUGACAUUUCUGAGAAAAAGAGUCAUGUAACAGGAACACAGGUUGACUACUUUGACUCACUUCCACCAACCAAAUAAUGAACAUUUUUCUAAACUUUCUUCGCCUCAUGGAAGCUCUCGUGCUCUGGAGCUCUUUACAAGGAUUUACUUUCUUUCUGUUCCUAAUCAGCAAAGGGUCAGGAUGUGAACUUCGUUCAAGCCCUGAGUGCUACAGACAAGACAGCAAAGAAACUGUUUACUUUUGUGAAUGGAGCUUUAAAACAAACGCAAGUGAUGCCAGGUUUGACUUUUACUAUAAGCCAGCAAAUGAGUUAAUGCAAUCUGGGCCGAAUUUAAGUUCGACAGGUAGUGAGAAAAAGUUUGGGGAAACGAAGGAGAACCCGUAUGACUUUGUUGCAGAACAACUAAUAGUUGGCUCUAAAAUUGACAUUUGGAUAGAAGCUCAUACGAGUAGUUCCAACUGUGUGUCACCCAAGUGGUCUGGUGUGCUCAUGGACAGAGUUAAAUACAUGGCUCCACAAAAUAUCUCUGUAUCCUGGUUGACGAACAGCCUCAUUUUAAGAUGGCCAGCUCCAGAAGAACAUCCAGCUUUAGCAGAGGUCCGCAUUCUGCCUAAUGGUGGUCCUACAGAAUCUUCAGAAACAAGGUUAAUAAACACCACAUUUGAAGCUGGAGAGAGAGCUCUUGAAACACACCCAACAGAGAUCUUAAAGUACAAACUUCUGGUUGCAAAUCUUCAGAAGAAUACAGCUUACCGGGUUUCUAUUAGACAUCGAUCAACUAAAGCCAAAGACCCACUAUGGAGCAACUGGUCUACACCGACAGUUGUUCCGGCAGAACUUGAACAUGAACCUGACAUAACCAACACAGUGACACUUGAAAAUGGCCAUCGAAAGGUGAAGCUAACUUGGAAGCCGAUGCCCAGUGCAGCAGCAGUCAGGGGUGUGAAGUACAUCGUGAAAGACACACAGUCGUCUCGUGAUUGCCCGUGUAAGCGGAAGAAAAAGCAACCGAGUGAGCAAGACAAAAACCAUAUUGUUUACGUAUCAUACUCUUCUGUCAACAUCACCGUCGUCGCCAAAAACCCAGCAGGCCUGUCUCCACAGGCCGUCAUCAGACUACCAGUUGCAAGUGCAGCAAAUUUAACAAUUUGUAAUAAAACAUUACUUGACGGAAAAUUAAAAAAGAAGUCAACUUGUGUCGAGCUGUACGAGCUUCAAGAUGACCAUUUGGAGCCAAAAAAUGUGGUGAUUUUAACAGCAAGGAUGCGUAAGGAAAAGAGGGAACAACUAAAAAGAAAUAUGAGUGACUACAUCCGGUACCUUUACUUUGAGCACAGAUGUGUCAAUGGGAAACCACAGACAGAUCAAAUGUGCUUCUUUUAUAAGAAGGAGGGAGUGCCAAACAAAGAACCUCAGGAUUUUAUCGUCUCUCAUGAAACACAAAAUUCAGCUCAAAUAUUCUGGAAACCAGUUCCGUAUGAGCACCAGCGUGGGUUCCUCACUCACUAUUCAUUGUGCAUUGUGAAAAUCAAUUCACAAAAGGACGACUGCUUCAACAUAUCAACAUCAAAAACGUCUCACCGCUUGGGAAACUUAACACCAGGAACAAAAUACAACGUCAGCCUGGCUGGAGUGACACGAAUGGGAAAAGGACAUCAAGCCAGAACCUUUUUUACCACAUUGUCAGAGGUUCCUGUGAACGUGUGGUUGAGUUUGGGACUGCUGAUUGGGUUCUUCUUUUUCUCAACUAUGUGCACCAUUGUUUUAAAGAGAAUCAGAAACACGAUCUUCCCUCCUGUGCCGACUCCUGUGAUUCCAGAUUUUACUGCCCGGCAGCCAGACAGUGAGAAGUGGGAGAGAAAAGAAGAAGUGCAUGAGGUCACUCUGCACCAGCUCCUCCAGGAGGGGACCUCCAUUUCAGAAAAGGCCACCGUCUUCAGAGAGGAGUGGAACGGUGGGACUGAGGUGGAGAGUGAGGGGAGCCACUCAGAAGGGUCCAGUGACGAGUGUGAGAGCUCCAACUCAACAAGUCAUGCACUGAGAAAAUCAAACAUAGAGAUUGAGCAGAUGGACGUAGAACUCGCCAUGCUGAUUUACAGAAAUGGUUUGGUGUUUGACGUCAAAGGAGAGUCACCCUAAAGCUGUCAAGAUGUGAUUUAUUCUGAAAUUAGUGUUUUAAUGUGCAUAUGAAAAAAUAUAUCUAUAAAUCCACUUUAUAAUUAAAAUUAUGCUCGUAUAUUUGUGUUAUUUAUGUGCUUAUUUUUUGGUUUAGCAAAAAUUUAGAAAAUAUUUAACAAUUUUCUAUGUGAGACAAUGUAUUUUUGGGAAAAGACUGACAUUUUUGGUUUAAAUUUAUUUUAUUUUGGUCAAAAGUAGAAUUACACAAUGAACAUUUUAAUGGUAAUUAUCAUCUCAACUUUAUUUAUAAAGCACUUUAAACAAAAUAAAGCUCACCAAAGUGCCAAACAACGCAUAAAAUUAGCAAAAACAAAUAAAAGAUAAGACAAAUGACUAUUAACAAUAUAAUAAAACCAACUAAAUCAAACAACUCAAUUAAAAGCCAAACAAAAAAAAA